UCAAAGUGCACCUGGGCUGUGCGAUCUGUGGAACUGGAAUUAAUGUCAACCACAGCUAGAGCAAUCAUCCGAGGAUGCCGCUGAAAGUGUACCAGCGAGCAGAAGCUUGGGCUACUUUAUUGCAGACCAUGCUUGGGAUAUUAUGGAUAGCGGCAUCAUUUAAACUUGCAGAAACUCUUUAUCAAACACAGACUAUUAACAUCACAACACCUGGGAAUUCUACUCGAAUUAGUCUGGCCCCAUACGGACUAAAUGCAACAGGCCGGACUUCUUUAACCUUCAGAGUAAGGGCAUGUGGACCCGCGUCUAUCAUCCUCACAGACGUAGAAACGAACGCGCCGGUAAGUUCCACGAGUGAAUUCAUCUUUGGGAAUAAAGACAACACAAAAUGUGAAUUUAAGGCUGACAUCUUCACAAAGUUUUCCUAUCCGUGUUCGAAUCUCUGUAACGAUUCCAACGAGUACUGGAUAUCUUGGGGAGAUGAUAAUGAUGACCUAAUUCAGGAGUGGAGAAUGGGGCGUGGUACUGUGGUGCUGACCAGUAUCAUUGGAACCAAUCCCUUUAACUUCCGCUACCCUGAGUAUAUCAGCAUCUCUUCAGAGAAUUAUCCCGCUGAUUGGCAAUUCGAUGUUAAUUACACAAACACCUUGGAACAAGCGCCGAAAACACCGGAUACAACAACAAGUCAACCUACGGAAUCCGUGACAGUUGAAAUAACAGAGAUCGCAACAGUUGAGGUUACAGAAACAGUAACGGUUGAGGACACUCCGAUGACCUCUAACCCUUCAAUAACGUCAUUUCCUCAGACCACCCAGUCUUCCACAAAUGGAGUAAAUGGAAGUUUAUACUGUUACUGCUCUUUGAACAAAUCAUGCGAGACAAAGCACUAUUCAGAAGAAGAAUUAGCGCAGAUGCUCCAAAUACUCGUCCAGGAGCUGAAAGUCAGCAUCAAAGAUACGAAUGCUUACAGACGACGACUGAUUUCCGCGCCCGACGACCGACCGUCUGCUCAGAGAAUGGGCGGCGUGGGAGCGACGGUCAUUUGUCUGGUUAUUCUCGGAAUCGUCCUCAUGGAUUUUCCUCGCGUCGUUCAUUUUUUUCGCGGAGAAGACAAAAAGAAACUCGAAUACGAAAGAAAAUUGUCUAAAAGUAAGAAAAACCGCAGAUCUAGAAGUAAAAAUUAAAUGCAGUCGACAACGUUGUUAGUUUUUGUUAUAUAUAUAAUUCGCAGAAGUCAUGCAUUAAGUGCAAUUUUUAUAUAUGUUGCCGGAUACAUCGUUAGUGUAUCCGCAAUCAUUUACCGUUGUUAUUGCUCUUGGGUAGAUUAAUUUUAUUGAUGAAACAAAUG